AUGGAGCUCAAAUCGACCAACAAAGCCUUCGGCGGCGAGGUACGCAAGUACACGCACGCGUCCACCGCCACGGGCACCCCGAUGACAUUCAGCGUCUACGUCCCUCCCGCGGCGUCGCUGGCGAAGUGCCCCACGAUUUACUACCUCUCCGGACUCACGUGCACGGACGACAACGCGGUGCAGAAGGGCGGCGCGUUCCAGGCGUGCGCCGAAUUGGGGUGCAUGAUGGUGUUCCCGGACACGUCCCCGAGGGGAGACGACGUCGCGGACGACGACGCGUACGACCUGGGCAAGGGCGCCGGCUUCUACGUCGACGCGACGACCGAACCCUGGGCGAAGCACUACAAGAUGUACACGUACGUCACCGAAGAGCUUCCCGCGCUCAUCGAGGCGAACCUGCCCGCGGCGCCGGGCCUCAAGUCCAUCUGCGGGCACAGCAUGGGCGGCCACGGCGCGCUCACCAUCGCGUUCAAGUCCCCAAACGCGUGGGCUUCCACCAGCGCCUUCGCUCCCAUCUGCAACCCCGUCGAAUGCCCGUGGGGCCGGAAAGCCUUCGCCGCUUACGGCGUCGACGGCGCCGCGCACGACGCCACGGAGCUCCUCAAGGCCAACGGCAAGGCCGUUUACCCCGACGUGCUCAUAGACCAGGGCCUCGACGACCAGUUCCUCGCGGAUCAGCUCGGCAUCGACGCGUUCGAAGCAGCCGCCGCGGCGGCGGGCCAGAAAGUCUCGAUCCGCAAACACGCGGGCUUUGAUCACUCCUACUUUUUCAUCAGCUCGUUCAUGGCGGACCACGUCAAGUUCCACGUCAACGCGCUGAACAAAAAGGCGGAGGAGACGGCGCUCGUGGACGUGGCGGUCGCCGACGACGCGAUGCUCGCCGAGUUUGCGAAGACGGCCGGUAAGCCGAUCACGUGCAAAGCCGCCGUCGCCUGGUCGGCGAAUCAACCGCUCAGCGACGAGACCGUCGUGGUGGCGCCGCCCAAAGCCGGCGAGAUCCGCGUCAAGGUUGUGGCCAACGCGCUGUGCCACACGGACGUGUACACGCUCGAGGGGCAGGACCCCGAGGGCCUCUUCCCGUGCAUUUUGGGCCACGAGGCUGGCGCGAUUGUCGAAUCUGUCGGCCCCGGCGUGACGUCGGUGUCGCCCGGCGAUCACGUCAUCCCGUGCUACACCCCGCAGUGCAACCAGCCCGCGUGCAUCUUCUGCGCGAGCCCCAAGACCAACCUCUGCCCCGCCAUCCGGGGCACGCAGGGCCAGGGCGUCAUGCCCGACGGGACCACCCGCUUCACCACCGUCGACGGGAAAGAAAUUUUCCACUUCAUGGGAUGCUCCACCUUUGCCGAGUACACCGUCAUCGCGGAGAUCUCCGCGGCGAAGAUCAACCGACGCAUGCCCCUGAACAAGGCGUGUCUCUUCGGCUGCGGCGUGUCCACCGGCCUGGGCGCGGUGUGGAACACGUGCAAGGUGACCGCCGGGUCGUCCGUCGCCGUUUUCGGCCUCGGCGCCGUCGGCCUCGCCGUCGUGCAGGCGGCGAAGAUGGCGGGCGCGUCUCGCAUCAUCGGCGUGGACCUCAACAAGGACAAGUUCGCCGUCGCGUCCAAGCUCGGGUGCACGGACUGCGUGUGCCCCGCCGAUCACGGCGACACCCCGGUGCAGUCCGUCAUCGUGAACAUGACCAAAUGGGGCGUCGACUACUCGUUCGACUGCACGGGUAACGUUCAGGUGAUGCGCGCGGCGCUGGAGUGCGCGCACCGCGGCUGGGGCGAAUCCUGCGUCAUCGGCGUCGCCGCCGCGGGUAAGGAGAUCGCCACCAGACCUUUCCAGCUCGUCACCGGACGCGUCUGGAAGGGCACGGCUUUCGGCGGGUGGAAGAGCCGGAGCUCGGUGCCGCGGCUGGUGGAGCGAUGCCUGGCGGGCGAGUUGCCGGUGGACCACUACGUGACGCAUCAGUUCGAGGCGAACGGGGACGUGGCGAAGGCGACGAACGAGGCGAUCGAGGCGCUGCACGGGGGGAACUGCCUGCGCGCGGUGGUAAACUACUGAGCGAGAGUGUACCCGUUAGGAUUACCGUUGUUACAAUUCAGUUACUCU